CUAAAAAAAGACUAAUCCGUAGAAAAAAACAAUUUGAUGAAAUUGAGCAGGAACACACCUCAUUUUCUGCUGAGGAAUCGUUUAGGGUUUCUUAUUUUUUGGUUGUUGUUGAUGUUGCUAUUUCGUCUUUGAAGAACAGAUUUGAACAAUUGGAAGCAUUUGAAUGUAUAUUUGGCUUUUUAUUUGAUCCUAAGAAGUUGGUUAAGAUGGAAUACAACAAUUUGAAAGAAUCUUGUAUCAAGCUCGAAGCUGCUCUAACACAUGGCAACAAAUCAGAUAUUAGCUCCGAUGACUUGAUUAGUGAAUUGCAAGUGUUGAUCAUUUAUUUACCUGCAGGAACAGAGACAGCCAUUCAAGUUCUUGAGUUUGUGGAAUCUUUGAAUUGUUUACCAAAUGUUUCUAUAGCUUAUAGAAUUUUAUUAACUGUUCCAGUAACUGUUGCAUCAGCAGAGAGAAGCUUUUCUAAGCUAAAAUUGUUGAAAAACUUUUUGAGAUCAACUAUGUCACAAGAGAGGUUGAAUGGAUUGGCCAUCUUAUGCAUUGAAAAGCAUAUGUUGAAUAAGUGUGACUUUGAGGUUGUUAUUGAUGAUUUUGCUUCUCAAAAUGUUGUGAGGUCUAAGAUAUUUAUGUGAUUUCAUGUAAUUUUCAAAAUGUAUAAUUUUUUUUUCCAAUUUUUGUAAUGACUGAUUAUAAAUUUUAUGUAAUGAAAUUCAAGGCGUGAUGGCCUAGCCUCCCAGAUUUGGGUUCCAGCCAUCAAAAAUUUCAUGUGUUGUAUUUUAUGUUUAUAUAAAGGGCCUCCAAAUAAUUAUAUGCCCAGGGCCACCAAAAGGGCAGGGCCGGCCCUGU